UCCAUCUGAGCGAGCGAGGGGCCCUGUCACACAGGGAGAGAGAGCAUUCGAACUUGGAACCACCCCGCAAUGGCGUCGCCGCCGGCGACGUGGUCGGUCACCGCGUGCCUUACUUACCGUGGCGGGCUGGAGAUCCGCGCCGCCGCGGAGAACAUCCUCCCCGGAUGGGGCCACGGCGGCGAGCGCCUCUCCUUCCUCCUCCGCCUCCGCCGCCGCCUCCGCCUCGCCGUCACCUCCCAGUGCGGCCGCGCCCCCGCGCCCGCCGACCCCGGCAAGAAUCCGCGCGCCCUCAACCUCCUCCGCUCCCUGCGUACCAGGCUCCCUUCCAUUUGGCGUCGCAAGAAGCCGCCGCGCGCCGCCGCGGCCAAGCCGGGUUCUUGCUCUCAGGCGAUCCCCUCUUCGCUGCGCAUGUGCUGGCAGAAGGAUCGAGCCCCGAUGCGGCCGGCGACGACGGUGGCGCUGUGCUCCGUCGCUGCUCUCGCCGUCGCCGUGGCUUCCGUCGCGGCGCUUCGCCUCGUGGCCGGGUUCUUGAUACCGAGUGCGAGCUGCGGAUCAUGGAGAUGCUUCUUGGCGAAGAAAUUCGUCAGGUUCUUGGGGCCUCCUCUCCUUGAGCGGAUCUCCAAGAUUAGCCUGAAACUCGUGGAUCCUCCUGCUCUCGGCGACUGGCUCGGGCUCCCGAAGCUUGGACUGAAGUGGCUCUUCAACAAUUAGGAGAUGUUUUCACUGAGAACGUCUGGCCCAGAUCAAAUGACAGCGGGUCUAGUUUGAUUUAUGAUUAUGAAUUAUAGAUGAUUGCAGAGCUAGUCUAGUUAUAGUUCUGGUUGAAGAACUGAGCAAAUAGAAGUAUUCAGGAACAGGAUCGCAUUAGGGUGUGUUUGGAAGCAGUUCCCAUCCUAUGCUAGUUGUUCCCGUUUAAGACAUGCUGAGUAUAAACAUGCCCAGUACAUGCAACUGCAGUUGUUUGGUAACAGUGUAUGUAUUGACGCAUGUUGAACUGAGAUUGUGUUUGGCAGGCUGCAU